AUGGAGAGAUCACGACGAAGCAAGUCGAAAGACGAGUACCUAAAGAAGCAAGUCGCCUUCUCCUUUUCAAUCGCCUUCUCAAUCGCCAGCAGAUCGAUCACGACGAAGCAAAUCGAUUCGCCUUCAAUCACCAUCACCCAGAUUGGAGACGAUUCGCCUUCUCUUUCUCAAUCACUGGCAAAUCCGUUUCAAUCGCCGGCAGAUCCGUUUCAAUCGCCAUCGUUGUUGCCUCUCUUCGUCGACAGAGAUGAAAACGUGUAUGGAUGUUUUUUUUUCUUUUUUCACGAAAUCUUCUUCGACGGUCCAAUAGGAGGAGGACAUGUGUUGCGGUUGAGCCAGUUCAAUGGGCUCAGUGCACUGAGACAGUUCAACAAAAAUUAG